AUGGGUGCUAAUGCAUCUAGCUAUCCUCAUUCAUGUUCCCCGAGGGUAGGGGGAAAUUCUCAAGCCCAGCAGACUUUUAUAGGGACAUCAUCCUAUUCUCAGCAAGGCUAUGGUUGUGAAUCAAAAUUAUAUAGUCUUGACCAUGGCCAUGAAAAACCACAAGACAAAAAAAAGAGAACCUCUGGCCUUGCCACCCUCAAAAAGAAGUUUAUCAAGCGUCGAAAAUCUAAUCGGUCUGCUGAUCACGCCAAGCAGAUGCGAGAACUCCUCUCUGGGUGGGAUGUCCGAGAUGUCAAUGCGUUAGUGGAGGAGUAUGAGGGAACUUCAGCCUUAAAGGAGCUUUCUUUGCAAGCCAGUGUGGCUAGACCAGAAGCCCGGACAUUGCAGAAAGAUAUGGCCGAUCUUUAUGAGUACAAGUAUUGUACUGAUGUAGACUUAAUAUUUCAAGAAACUUGCUUUCCUGUUCAUCGUGCCAUUUUGGCGGCAAGAUGUCCAUUUUUUAAAACACUACUUUCCUCCUCACCUGAGUAUGGGGCAGAGAUCAUCAUGGACAUCAAUACAGCUGGUAUAGAUAUGCCCAUGUUUUCUGCUUUGCUCCACUACCUUUACACAGGAGAGUUUGGAAUGGAGGACUCAAGGUUUCAAAAUGUUGAUAUCCUCGUUCAGCUUAGGGAAGAAUUUGGAACACCAAAUUCCCUUGAUGUAGAUAUGCGUGGACUCUUUGAUUACAUGUGCUAUUAUGAUGUUGUCCUUAGUUUUUCUUCAGACUCUGAACUGGUUGAAGCUUUUGGUGGAAAUCAGAACUGUUUAGAUGAAGAGCUCAAAGCUCAUAAGGCUAUUAUUUCAGCACGGUCCCCAUUUUUUCGAAAUUUAUUACAAAGAAGGAUACGGACUGGUGAAGAAAUCACAGACCGAACUUUGAGGACUCCCACAAGAAUUAUAUUAGAUGAGUCCAUUAUACCAAAAAAAUACGCAAAAGUGAUAUUACACUGUAUGUAUACCGACAUGGUGGACCUGGCCGUUUUGCACUGUAGCCCCUCUGUGGGGAGUCUCAGUGAAGUUCAGGCUCUCGUCGCAGGGAAGCCAAACAUGACCAGGGCAGAAGAAGCCAUGGAGCUUUACCACAUAGCGCUGUUCUUGGAAUUUAACAUGCUUGCACAAGGCUGUGAGGAUAUCAUUGCUGAAAGCAUCUCAUUAGAUACCUUAAUUGCCAUCCUCAAGUGGAGCUCUCAUCCAUAUGGCUCUAAGUGGGUGCACCGACAAGCUUUACAUUUCCUCUGUGAGGAAUUUUCCCAGGUCAUGACUUCGGAUGUUUUUUAUGAACUCAGCAAAGACCAUCUGCUUACUGCUAUCCAGUCUGACUACCUACAGGCAAGUGAACAAGAUAUCCUUAAAUAUCUGAUUAAAUGGGGUGAGCAUCAGUUAAUGAAGAGAAUAGCAGACAGAGAGCCGAACUUACUGAGUGGCACUGCUCAUAGUGUGAACAAGAGAGGAGUGAAAAGACGGGACCUGGACAUCGAAGAGCUUAGAGAGAUCCUUUCCUCUCUCUUACCUUUUGUGCGAAUUGAACACAUCUUGCCUAUAAACAGUGAAGUCCUAAGUGAUGCAAUGAAAAGAGGCUUGAUUAGUACUCCUCCAUCAGAUAUGCUUCCUACAACAGAAGGUGGAAAGUCAAAUGCCUGGUUACGGCAGAAAAAUGCUGGAAUCUAUGUUCGUCCUCGGCUGUUCUCUCCCUACGUAGAAGAAGCAAAGUCAGUGCUAGACGAGAUGAUGGUGGAACAAACAGAUCUUGUGCGUUUGCGAAUGGUUAGAAUGUCCAAUGUGCCAGACACACUCUACAUGGUCAAUAACGCUGUGCCCCAGUGCUGCCACGUGAUCAGCCACCAGCAGAUCAGCAGCAACCAGUCAAGCCCCCCUUCAGUGGUAGCAAAUGAAAUCCCAGUUCCCCGUCUCCUCGUCAUGAAGGACAUGGUCAGACGCCUGCAGGAGCUGCGGCACACGGAACAGGUGCAGAGGGCCUACGCGCUCAACUGCGGGGAGGGCGCCACGGUCAGCUACGAGAUCCAGAUCCGCGUGCUGAGAGAGUUUGGGCUCGCCGACGCUGCGGCAGAGCUCCUGCAGAAUCCUCACAAAUUCUUUCCUGAUGAACGUUUUGGAGAUGAAAGUCCACUCUUGACAAUGAGACAGUCUGGGAGAGGUCGAGUCAACAGCACCCCCACUACAGAAACCAUGUUUACAGACCUGGACUCUUUCGUGGCCUUCCAUCCACCCUUACCCCCACCACCACCUCCCUACCACCCGCCAGCGACCCCAGUCCACAAUCAGCUCAAAGCAGGCUGGAAGCAAAGACCUCCCAAUCAGCAUCCUUCACGUUCGUUUUCAUAUCCCUGUAAUCACUCACUGUUUCACUCCAGAACAGCCCCUAAAGCUGGCCCCCCUCCAGUCUACUUGCCAGGUGUGAAAGCAGCGGCCCCUGACUGUACCAGCACCACGGGGCUGGGGAGACAGACGGUGGCUGCCGCCGCCGCCACCUCAGCAGCAGCAGCAUCUGAGAAACAAGUGUGCACACAACCUGUGCUAAACGAUCUAAUGCCAGAUAUUGCCAUGGGUGUGUCCACGCUGUCACUCAAGGACAGGAGGCUUCCAGAACUUGCUGUGGACACAGAAUUAAGCCAGGCAGUUUCUGAAGUAGGACCAGGGCCUCCCCAGCAUCUAUCGUGUAUUCCACAGAGACAUACACACACGUCUCGAAAGAAACACACACUAGAGCAAAAAACAGAUGCUCGAGAAAAUCAGCAGGAAUAUCCGGAUUUCUAUGACUUCUCAAAUGCUGCUUGCAGACCAUCCACUCCUGCCCCUGGCAGACGUACCCCCUCCCCUUCACAAGGUGGAUAUUUUGGUCCCGAUUUGUAUAGCCACAAUAAGGCAUCACCAAGUGGCUUAAAGUCAGCCUACCUACCAGGCCAGACCUCGCCUAAAAAGCAGGAAGAAACUAGGAGAGAAUAUCCACUUCCCCCCGACGGGCAUCCACACAGACAGAAGAGUGAGCCGAUACACCUCGACGUUGUUGAGCAGCCUCCCCAGCGGCCAGAUUUUCCCUUGGCAGCCCCAGAAAAUGCCGGCAGUGGUUCAGCCCAUGUCAGGGGGCGAGCAGCAAUGGAAUCUGACUUGACUUUUGGGCUGACUCCUAACAGACCUUCACAUUCUGCAUGUAGCUCUGAAGCUCCAGAAGAGAGAUCUGGCAGAAGACUGGCAGAUGAGUCCCUGGGCCAUGUAGCUCAGCGAAAUACAGAUUUGGAAAGGGAAGAUUCAAUCAGCAGAGGAAGGAGGUCCCCGAGCAAGCCAGACUUCCUCUACAAAAAGUCUGCCCUCUGA